AAAUGAAGGGAAGUGGCUGAUGGCUCAGAAAGAAAACAAAGAGUAUGAGAUCCAUCCGGGCCCACCUUUUCCAAUUCGCCAAAUUGAGCAGAAAUGGAGAGGAAAGUGGAAUGGGAAAGCAGCCGCAUUUUCUUUUUCUUUUUUUUGGGUUUUCCCUUCACCUCCCUACUUUCAAACAUAUUCAAAGGAAACAUUUUCUUUAUCAUUUAUUUUCCCCUUAAUCUCUUUAUGAUUGAGUGAAGCGUCAAUGAAAGGUGUUUCAAAGUUAUUCAGAACUUCCAAGGAGGGAGCAAAAUCAUCACCAUCUUCAGCUUUUCCUGAGAGAUCAUGCCGUCAAUUUUCACUGGCUGAGAUGAAGAUUGCUACCAAUAACUUCGAUGCUAAUUUAGUAAUUGGUGAGGGGGAUUUUGGCACAGCAUACAAGGGAUUUUUUAACGACUGUAACGGUACCAGAAUCGUUGCAAUAAAGCGCUUGAAACUCAAUGAGGACUUAAGGAACGAGGUGGUGUUCGUUUAUCAGCUACACCACCCUAACCUCAUCUCUCUCAUCGGAUAUUGUAUUGAUGAAGGCGUGAAUAUCCUAGUCUACGAGUUCAUGGUCAAUGGAAGCCUCUUCAGUAAACUCCACGAUCGCCUCUCGUGGAAACAAAGACUAAAGAUUUGCGUUGGAGUGGCGCGUGCACUGCACUACCUUCACUCUGGGGUCAAGCAAACUAUUAUCCACGGUGACGUGAAGCCGACCAACAUUCUGUUGGACAAGAAUUGGGAGGCCAAGUUGUCAGAUUUCAGGUUGUCCAACAUGCUUCCCCCGGGUUUCAAAUUCGUGGAAAUCAAACGGGAUUCGGAAACUACUCUAAGAUACCUGGAUCCCGAAUGUUUCAUUACAUAUAGGCUGACCGAUAAAACCGACGUCUACUCUUUUGGUGUGGUAUUGUUGGAAGUACUCUGUGCGAGAGAAGCAAUGGACUUCAGAUUGAUGGAAAAAGGGCAGGGUCUGGUUAAGUGGGCCCAAAACUGCAAACGAGUAGGGACCAUCAAUGAGAUAAUUGAUCCGUAUCUGAUGGGGAAGAUAGAUCCAGAGUGUUUCAAGAUUUACGUCGACAUUGCCAUUUCUUGUGUGCGAAAUAAGGGAGAGGCUCGUCCCACCAUGGGUGAAGUGGAGUUAAUCCUUGAACAUGCACUUGAACUACAACAGAGUGCAGAUGCUGCAAUGAAGGAUGUAGAUCCUACUGGUGAUGUCUGUAUCUAUCCCAUUGAUGAAUAUACCUGUAAUGAUUCUUCAGGAGACGCUUCUCCCCCAUCUUAUGUUCAUAAUUAAUAGAUUUAUACGAUAAAUUAGAGAUCAUAUUUAUAUUGUUUUUGA